GAGAAAGGUUCCGGGCAGGUUGGGUUCCGGGGCUGCCCCGCCGAGGCGCGGCGCGGCCCGCGAUGAUCCCGGUGCCGGUGGUGGUGACCGUGCUGGGCGGCUGGUGCGCCGUGUACCUGGCGGACACGCUGCUCAAGUAGGUGCUGCUGCUUGUGAGGAUCCUUGGCAACAAUGCUCCAGUUCAGACAGCUCCAAAGACUUGUCUGGAUUGUGUCAGACACUCCUGCCUUGGGAACUGCCCAAUGUCAGAGGGUUCAAGCUCAUCUGUGCCUUUCCAGAGCUCUGAGUUCCUCCAAGGAAAGCAUUCCUUCAUCUGAGUUUCUGACACAAGCUUCCACGAAGCAGUCCUCCAACUCCCUGAAGGCAUCGUACGAGGACUGGCUGCUGACGUACGGCUUGAGCGUCUCUCCCUUUCACCUGCGCUGGCAAACGGCGCUCUUCAACCGCCAGUUCUACAGCUGGGGCAGAUGGAAACCCAGAUUUCUCUACUUAUGGUUCAGCGUAGGAAUGGUGUUUGGAAUAGUUGCCAUGUUUGGCUCUGUGAUUCUUCUUGGAAAGACCCUGCUGCAAACACUGACCCAGAUGCUCACCGAGGCUCCAAAAGCCCAGAAUGAUCGAAUGCUGCAAGUUGUGGUGCCUGGUGUCAAUUUGCCCAUCAGCCAGCUGACCUAUUUCUUCUCUGCAAUCCUCAUCAGCGGUGUGAUACAUGAAGUCGGCCAUGGGGUGGCAGCUAUUCGAGAACAAGUACGAUUUAAUGGAUUUGGAAUUUUUAUCUUCAUUGUCUAUCCUGGAGCAUUUGUUGACCUCUUUACAACUCACUUGCAGUUGAUAUCUCCUGUUCAGCAGUUAAGGAUAUUUUGUGCAGGGGUGUGGCAUAAUUUUGUUCUUGGUGUUGCCAGUUUCAUGGUGUUGUUUCUGCUGCCAGCCAUUCUUUUCCCUUUCUACUACACGGGUGUUGGGGCACUUGUCACUGAGGUUGCAGAGGAUUCUCCUGCCAAUGGACCAAGAGGUCUUUUUGUGGGAGACCUUGUCACUAACCUACAAGACUGCCCAGUUUAUAAUGUGGAAGACUGGAAUUCCUGUCUGGGAGACAUUUCAGAGAAGUCACAGGUCGGCUACUGUGUAAGUGCAGCCACCCUACAGCAAUUAAGCUUUCCAGCUAGAGUUUACAGAAGACUUGAUGGCACAGUUGAAUGUUGUAGUAACAACAGCCUCACAGACAUUUGCUUUUCAUACAGCAAUAAGUUGGACAGCCACCUGUAUGCCUGUCUGCCAGCACGAAAAGUUAUUGAAGCCAGCCAAGUUUGUCGAACCAACAUGGACUGCCAUAAGGACUUCGUUUCAAGCUUUUGUGUGACUCCUUCUUUGGAGAACCAAACAAGGCUAAUCAGGGUAAAGCAUCCACCCCAUAUUGACAUGCUCUAUGUAGGACACCCCAUGCAUCUUCAGUACACAGUAAGUCUCAGCAGUUUUGUACCACGACAAAACUUUCUAAGUAUCGAUCUGCCUGUGGUGAUAGAGACAUUUUGCAAGUACCUCAUCUCACUAUCAGGAGCACUGGCAGUUAUCAAUGCUGUACCCUGCUUUGCUUUGGAUGGUCAGUGGAUAUUAAAUUCCUUCCUGGAAGCCACACUGAGCUCCCUAAUUGUAGAAAAACAAAACAGAGAGCUUGUUGGCUUUUUGAUUUUGCUGGCUGGUAGUGCACUUUUGGCUGCCAAUGUUGCACUGGGACUUUGGAUGGUGACAGCACGAUAAAACAGUGUACAUUCUUCCAUCAAUUCUCAAAGUACACUGAAACAGUGAAUCCAUUACCUUUUAAAAUUUGUCCAGUACUGAGAUUGAAAUAAUUCCCUUAAUGUGACACUGAAAGAACAGUCAACUGGUGGUUGCUGUUUUAAUUUAAAACUUUAUAACACCUGUGGUCAUGGGAAAUCUCAUAGGAAAAAGUAGGAGCCUUUUUAUUUACUCUUUAAGCACUGUAUUCAUUCUGGAGAAAUUUCAUUUUAAGAUUUCAUAGGAAAAAAUCAGACUUCAUUAAUUCAGAUCUCAAAAUAAGGGAAUUAUUUUGCCUCAAGCAUUUGUAAAGUGGGACAAAAAAACAGUUUUUUUUUUAAAUUUAAAUAAUUGUCUGUGUGGGCUCUGAUGAUUUCUCAAUCAGCAUAGUUUUUAGUGACUUAUUUUGGUUUUUUUAAGUCUGAUUUUCUACCAAACUGGAUUUUAAGAAGCCCUAACGUUUGAUCUCAAAAUGGGGAAAAGCUAGCUAAAUGCUUACCAUGUGUUAAUGAGGAGAGAGCAGCCAUUUGGGUUAGUGGCUUUCCUUUCCACCUGGCCAAAAUGACUGGAGGAAUGUUGUCCUCAAGAUGGAGAUGAGAAGUGCCAAUGUCUGCUAAAAAUGAAGCAUGUGGCAGGAUAACAAAGCCCACAUGUUUGUGUUGCUUACACUUUCAGUUGUGUAUUAUCAGACACAGCUGAAUUUUUUUAAAGGCAAUAUUUGUCAGCAGUAGCUGACAAGGUAACAGAAAUUUAGUUUCUGAGUGCUGAAGU